AUGUCCGCCCCAGCCACUAACUUCAAAGUUGCCGAUAUCUCAUUAGCUGCCUUUGGUAGAAAAGAUAUCGAAUUAUCUGAAAAUGAAAUGCCAGGUUUGAUGUACAUUCGUAAAAAAUACGGAUCAUCUCAACCAUUGAAAGGUGCCAGAAUUGCUGGUUGUUUGCACAUGACUAUUCAAACUGCCGUUUUAAUUGAAACCUUGGUUGCUUUGGGUGCUGAAGUCACUUGGUCAUCAUGUAACAUUUUCUCAACUCAAGACCAUGCUGCUGCUGCUAUUGCCGCUGCUGGUGUUCCUGUUUUUGCCUGGAAAGGUGAAACUGAAGAAGAAUACCAAUGGUGUAUUGAACAGCAAUUGUUUGCCUUCAAGGAUGGUAAGAAGUUGAAUUUGAUCUUGGACGAUGGUGGUGAUUUGACCUCAUUGGUUCAUGAAAAAUACCCAGAAAUGUUGGAGGAUUGUUACGGUUUGAGUGAAGAAACCACCACUGGUGUUCACCACUUGUACAAGUCCUUGAGAGAUGGUAAAUUGAAGGUUCCAGCCAUCAAUGUCAAUGAUUCCGUUACCAAGUCCAAGUUUGACAACUUGUACGGAUGUAGAGAAUCAUUGGUUGAUGGUAUCAAGAGAGCCACCGAUGUUAUGAUUGCCGGUAAGGUUGCUGUUGUUGCCGGUUUCGGUGAUGUUGGUAAGGGUUGUGCUUUAGCCUUACAAGGUAUGGGUGCUAGAGUUAUUGUUACCGAAAUCGAUCCUAUCAAUGCUUUGCAAGCUGCUGUUUCCGGUUACCAAGUUGCUCCAAUGGAUGAAGUUGCUUCUAUCGGUCAAAUCUUUGUCACCACCACUGGUUGUAGAGAUAUCAUUGUUGGUAAGCACUUUGAAAAGAUGCCAGAAGAUGCCAUUGUUUGUAACAUUGGUCAUUUCGACAUUGAGAUCGAUGUUGCUUGGUUGAAGGAAAAUGCUCAAUCAGUCGUCAACAUCAAGCCACAAGUUGACAGAUACUUGAUGAAGAAUGGUCGUCACAUUAUCUUGUUGGCUGACGGUAGAUUGGUCAACUUGGGUUGUGCCACUGGACAUUCAUCAUUUGUCAUGUCUUGUUCAUUCUCCAACCAAGUUCUCGCUCAAAUCGCCCUCUUCAAUGCCGACAACAAGGAAUUCAGAGAAAAAUUCCCCGAAUUUGCCAAGACCGGUCCAUUCGAUGUUGGUGUCCAUUUGUUGCCAAAGAUUUUGGAUGAAACUGUCGCCAGAUGCCACUUGGACCACUUGAAUGCUAGAUUGACCAAGUUGACUCCAGUCCAAGCUGACUACUUGGGUAUUCCAGAAGAAGGUCCAUACAAGGCUGAUAUCUACAGAUACUAA